AUACCCAGGAGUGAUAAUCCAUCUGAUGUCAGGGACCUGACCGAUCAAUGCUGCUUAUACUGUCUAUACUUGUCUACAAUGCUUUCUACCAGUUCACAGGCGUGAAUACCACAAUGAACGGUCAUAUUCCUAAUCAUACCAGUGGUUUUGGAAUGUAUCCAUCUCAAAUUAAUGGCUACGGAUCAUCACCUACCUUUUCCCAGAUGGACAGAGAACAGAGUUCAAAAACAAGUGCAAAGGCUCUUUAUGGACCAGAUGGAUCAUACUUCUUCAGGUCAUCGUCCAAACAAAAAAAGAAAGAACAAAGGAAGAACUAUGCACGAGACAGUAUCAGCAGUGUGUCAGAUAUAUCCCAGUACCGAGUUGAGCAUUUGACUACCUUUGUUCUGGAUCGGAAAGAUGCAAUGAUAACUGUUGAUGAUGGAAUAAGGAAGCUGAAAUUGCUGGAUGCCAAGGGCAAAGUAUGGACUCAAGAUAUGAUUCUUCAGGUAGAUGACAAAUCUGUGAGCCUGAUUGAUUUAGAAUCAAAGAAUGAACUGGAGAAUUUUCCUUUAAGCACAAUUCAGCACUGCCAACCAGUGAUGCAGUCUUGUAACUAUGAUUCCAUUCUUGCUCUUGUGUGCAAAGAGACAACCCAGAACAAGCCAGACCUUCAUCUCUUCCAGUGUGAUGAGAUUAAGGCAAACCUGAUCAGUGAAGAUAUUGAGUGUGCCAUCAGUGACAGUAAAGGAGGAAAACAGAAGAGGCGCCCUGAGGCCCUGAGGAUGAUUUCCAAAGCUGACCCUGGCAUUCCACCUCCACCAAGAGCUCCCGCCCCACUACCCCCUGGGACUGUUACACAAGUGGAUGUCAGAAGUCGGGUGGCAGCAUGGUCUGCAUGGGCAUCUGACCAGGGGGACUUUGAGAAACCACGGCAGUAUCAUGAACAGGAAGAAACUCCUGAGAUGAUGGCUGCCCGGAUUGACAGAGAUGUGCAAAUUUUAAAUCACAUUUUGGAUGACAUUGAAUUUUUUAUCACAAAACUACAAAAAGCAGCAGAAGCAUUUUCAGAGCUUUCUAGAAGGAAAAAAGUUAAAAAAGGGAAAAAGAAAGGACCAGGAGAGGGUGUCUUAACACUGAGGGCAAAACCUCCACCUUCUGAUGAAUUUUUCGACUGCUUUCAAAAGUUUAAGCAUGGAUUUAACCUUCUGGCCAAAUUGAAAUCUCAUAUCCAGAACCCAAGUGCUGCAGAUUUGGUCCACUUUUUAUUUACUCCAUUAAAUAUGGUGGUCCAGGCCACAGGAGGACCUGAACUAGCCAGUUCAGUACUCAGCCCCCUCUUCACUAAGGACACAAUUGAUUUCUUAAACUACACUGUCAAUGCUGAUGAGAGACAGCUAUGGAUGUCAUUGGGAGAAACAUGGCUGAAAGUCAGAGCAGAGUGGCCUAAAGAACAGUUUAUCCCACCCUAUGUCCCAAGGUUCCGAAAUGGUUGGGAGCCUCCAAUGCUGAAUUUCGUUGGUGUACCAGUGGGACAGGAUCUUUAUCACUUGUCUGAAUCUGUAGCAAACGUGGCAGAACACCAACGCAAACAAGAAACAAAAAGAUUAUCCACAGAGCACCCCAGUACAUCAGAGUAUCCUCCAGCUGAUGGGUAUGCGUUCAAUAAUAUUUACCCAAGAGGGUCUCACCUAGACCAAGGAGAUGCCGCUGUUGCUUUUAAACCAACACCUAAUCGCCAUACAGACAGAAAUUAUGAGCCACUCAAAACACAACCCAAGAAGUAUGCCAAAUCCAAGUAUGAGUUCACGGCGAGGAACAGCAGUGAACUCUCGGUUCAGAAGGAUGAUAUUUUAGAGAUCCUUGAUGAUAGGAAGCAGUGGUGGAAAGUGCGCAAUGCCAGUGGAGACUCUGGAUUUGUGCCAAACAACAUUCUGGAUAUUGUGAGAGCUCCAGAAUCUGGGCCAGGGCGUGCUGAUCCACCUUACACACACACUAUACAGAAGCAAAGGAUGGAAUAUGGUCCCCGACCAGCUGAUACUCCCUCUGCUCCAUCACCUCCCCCAACACCAGCUCCUGUUCCUGUACCCCUUCCACCUUCUACUCCAGCUCCAGUACCUGUGCCAAAGGUCCCUGCAAAUGUCACCCGUCAGAACAGCAGCUCCAGUGACAGUGGCAGCAGUAUUGUGCGGGACAGUCAGAGACACAAACAGCUUCCUGUGGACCGAAGGAAGUCCCAGAUGGAAGAAGUUCAGGAUGAGCUCAUCCACAGACUGACCAUUGGUCGGAGUGCAGCUCAGAAGAAGUUCCAUGUGCCACGGCAGAAUGUGCCUGUUGUCAACAUCACCUAUGAGUCCACUCCGGAGGAUGUUAAGGCGUGGUUACAGUCAAAGGGGUUCAACCCCGUGACUGUCAAUAGUCUUGGAGUACUAAAUGGUGCACAACUUUUCUCUCUCAACAAAGAUGAACUGAGGACAGUCUGUCCCGAAGGGGCCAGAGUCUUUUGCCAAAUCACAGUACAGAAAGCAGCAUUAGAGGGUAACAGUGGCAGUUCUGAAUUGCAAGAGAUUAUGCGAAGACGACAAGAGAAAAUCAGCGCAGCUGCUAGUGAUUCAGGAGUGGAAUCGUUUGAUGAGGGAAGCAGUCACUAAUUUGUUUAUUGGUUGUUUUGGAACUCCAUCAUUUUUGGCAUUAUUCCAAUGUGCUUUGUUUUAAGAAGCCAUGAAGGGAAUGUCAGAUUCUUAUUUCUUGGUACCCUAAUUUAUCUCCAUAAAGAGACAAUGCAAAUUUAAAUAAGCAGAGGACUUGCUUCUGAGCCCAUUAUUUUAUUAAAACUUAAAAUAAUUUUUAAAACAAUUUUUAUCCUGGAGAAAUAUUUUGCCUCUUUUCCCCAAGAUCAGACUUGCUUUUUGAAAUUAAGUUUUUACCCCCAUCUCAGUGUCUAAGACACUUUCGGACAGUGGUGAAUUUAUUUAUUGUAAGAAAAGAGAGUCAAAAAUACAAACAAUUGUGAUUUCGCCCAUGACUUUGAGAUUUGUCCUCCAGAGUAAAUUUAGUUCAGGUACCCUUUGCCUGUUAGAUAGGCAUUUUCUUUCACAUACUCAAUGAUAGAAUCUUUAGAUUUAUUUAGGAGUUCUUUAAUGCCAACAGUUUUUUAAAAUGUAAAACAUUUAAUUAGCUGUAAAAUACAACAUGGCCUUGGAUAAGCAUUCCCAAGACAUUUUAUUUCUCAUGGCUUUGUUGAUCUCAAUUUCUUGUAUAGCUUGUAUUUUGACUUAGUUUAUAUUCUGCUUGGUAUCUCUAUGUAUUCUGAUGUCUGAAAAAGCACAAGUGAAAAAUAUGUCAUAGACAUUACAAACCUUGGCACAGGAAGUAGCCUCCAUUGGUGUACAUUACAGUAUUCUGCUCAAUGAUGGCUUCAGUUUUGAAUACUGAUAUAAGUAGAUAUAAAGAAAUUGGGGCCAUUAUAUGUGUUUAUCUGUGUCAAGUUUUUCUGACAAUAAGAAAUACUUAAUUUACACAUAUUUUAACCCUGUGAAAGAUUCUAGAUAGAAUAAAGAAAAAUACCUAACCUUCAACAAAUAUUAUUUUUGGAAACACGAUUUUUGUCAUUAAAUGUUAUAUGAUUUCACAUAUAUAAGACAGAUGUUAUGUAAGAAUGGUGUAUAUUUUAACAUAAAUCCAUAUAGGGAAAUUAUUAGAUUCAUUCUAAAUUCAUUCUAAUUUUCAUAGUGCCUUUUUCACACGUCAGCUGGAAAGUCUGCAAUAAACAGUAUUUGCUGUAUGUUAA